GGCUCGCAGACUGCAGGAUGAGAAGGAAGGAUACGUGACAAUGAUCAAACUCCCUUGAAAGUCGACGCCUUUUUCUUCUAAACGUGGAACGCCGACGUUUUGAUGUGGAAGCUCGCCGACUGACCUCGCUGAAUGUCCCCUCAUUCCUCCUCCAUGGAAUACCCUCCGACCAUGGCUCCACCGGUGCCGCCGCACAAAGUCCAAAGUGGCCGGCCGGGGCAGCCUCACGAGCGGCUACUCAAGUGCGUCCUGCUCGGGGAUGGAGCGGUGGGAAAGACCAGCCUGGUUGUCAGCUACACCACCAACGGAUACCCCACCAAAUAUGUGCCCACCGCCUUUGACGAUUUUUCCGCUGUGGUUCAGGUGGACGGAAGCCCAGUUCGACUACAAUUGUGCGACACUGCCGGACAGGACGAAUUUGACAAGCUCCGUCACUUCUGCUACAGCCGCACCGACGCCUUGCUUCUGUGCUUCAGUGUGGUCAGCCCGGCGUCUUUCCAGAACGUCUGGGAGAAAUGGGUCCCGGAGAUCGGUCGGCGCUGCCCGCUCACGCCCGUCCUCCUGGUGGGCACGCAGUGCGACUUACGACAGGACGUCAAGGUGCUCAUCGAGCUAGCCCGGCGAAAAGAAAGACCCGUGGCCGAGGAGGACGCCCGCGCGCUGGCCGAAAAGAUCGGCGCCCUCACCUACGUGGAGUGCUCGGCGCUCACGCAGAAGAACCUCAAGGAAGUGUUUGACGCCGCCAUCGCCGCCGGCUUGCGCAAUUGCGAACGGAGGCUGCGGCGGGAGAGGAAGGUUCGCAGCACGGCUGAUAAGAUGAAGAUGCUUUCCAAGUCGUGGUGGAAGAAGUACGUGUGCGUCCAAUAGAAGGCGGACUGGAUUGGAGGAUGAAAGGACAAACGGGACGGAGAGCAGCGUCCAACCAAAUGGCACACGAUGCAACGUUCACCGCACAUCGACGGCUUCGUCGAAUGUGAGCUGGACUCAGCAUGUGAACUGAGAACAUAUCCUGUAUAUUCAAAUUGAUAUCAUCUAUAUGGGCUGUAAACUGCAAUUCAACUUUUCUACCGCCAAACUCAAAACAUGAUGAAAUGAGAUGGAUUCUGUUAGCCUACUAGCAUCAUUAGCACCAUUGCCGCUGAGUCGACAAAGGAGAAAAGUCCAGUUGCCUUGAUUCAACGCAUUUUUUUGUACCUUCACAAAUCAUGAUUUGAAGCGAAUGAUUUGUUCAACCUCCUUUAAUUGAUUUACUACCUUCACUUUUUUUUUACUACCAAAAUGAACUGCUUCUGAACUGAAAUCCAGUUCUGCUGCACCUUUCUUUAUUUUCACUUAUCCUCAUUGAUUCAUAAAAAUGUGUAUAUUUUGGAAUCUUUUUUCAAAUCAAAUGAUUAAAACUGGAUUUAAAAAAACAACAACGCUCAGCGAUAGAAUUGACCCGAAAGUGCUAUUAAGCAAAUAAAACAAAUGCAGUAGACCCCCACUAUUCACGGGGGAAUUGAAACCAAUCCCCCCAAAAAAUGCUAUAUUAUAAUUGACACUUCCUCAUAAUUGGCAUGAUAACUGCAGGUGAAGGUGCCCCGAUCCCUUUAAUGACUAACUCCAGUUGGGUGGUGUCAAGUUCCCAGACCUGGCCUUUGGACCGGUGGUGUUAAAACUCAAGUGUCAGCUACACAACGAGUGCUUACCUCGAACUACAUAGCGUGCCAAAAUCAGUCAUUGUAAAGUUGUCGUGGCCCCGAGAUAGAUCCUUAGCUAUCGUCUUGGACAUUGCCGCUCCACCAAAGAGACUCCUUCUAGAAUUUGACUAUGUUUGCUUCUUAUUUUUCAGAAGCCUGUCAUUCAUUCUGUAUCUUCAUAUCUGUUCCCUCCGGGCGUCCGACUGAUCAUGAACAAAGCAGAUGCAUGAAUGUGCCAUUUUCCUUUAUGUAUGUUACAUAGUCUAUAAAUAUGUCCUCUUAAUAUGAUGUUUGUAAUGUCACCAUAAUGUAAGCGGUACUUAACAGAGUGAUUUUGUUGAGCUGUUUGAAUGGAACCAAAUAAAAUGUGAAACAUUUAAAACCAA